UGGUAUAACAUAGAACAUCCAAAGGUUAAUCAAGUCCAGCCAAUAACUCAAAAUUGGUAAAUUUGCACAUACGUGCUUCUGGCAUAAUGGUGAUGAUACAUACUACGUACGUACGUACAUACAUAUGUAAUAUUUGUGUUAUUAAUUUUAGCCACGGCAUACAUGGCGUAUGAUUAACAUUUAAUGGAGUGUAUGUGAGUCGAACGCCAUACAUAUGUAUGUAUGCAACUACUGCACAUACAUACUUAGCAAACUAAACUAAAAAUGUCGCUUCCGUCUGACAGUUAUCAGUUCUCAUUGAUUUCCGCAAAGAGUUCAUUGCACUUUAACCCCAACUGGUAUACCCAGACUGUUGCCUGAAUGUAAAGUAUAUAAAUUCAAAUGUGUCAUCGACAUGCAAAGCUUGGAUUUUGCACGGAUUUUCCAUUAAACAAGCUUACAUUCAUACAUGUCCAAUUAAAAUUAAUAAUACGUCAUGCUUAGAUGGCGGCCACAGAUACUGGAUAAUUCAGGACUUUGGUGGUUAGUUGGAUUCAGUUCACUUCCAACAUUUGCCGGAAGCAAAUGGAGUUUUUGGUUAAAUUGCGGCAAAAAAGUGAAAGUUGUACAAUGCAAUGAAAUCGCUACGGCAACAACUGUUGUGCUGUGUGUUGCCAACAUUUUUACUGUUGCUGCUCUACCAAAUACUGCUCACCGAGGCAUACCUACGCAGCGUACGCAUCGAAGAAAUUCCAUUUAGCUUAGCAGAUACGGCAGAUGAAAUUCGCGCAAAAGAGGAGGAGCGCCGUUUAGUAGGCGCAAAGAUGGGCAAAGAAGAGAGAGGUGGUGGUAUCCAUGCGAUUUCCAGUCUUGAGCAGCGACGUGGUUUCUUUCACAUCUUCAAUAUACCCUAUAUUGUUUGCUUUUUUGCCGCCAAAGGCAAAUGGCCUUUCAUACCGACUUUUAUGCAGAGCCGGGUCGAUGAGUCUGCUCGAACCUUUUUCAAAAAAAAUGACAGUGCUAUAAGGCAGUUUUGUCAAAAGUGGAUACAGAUUAAAGAGUGCUUCAGACCCAUUUUUGGAACGGCUAACGCGCCGAAUGAUGUUGAAAUGCUCGGUCCUGUUCGCUCCACUCCCUGUACAUGCUCGAACCUGGUGAAUGAGCCAGUUGUCUACUUUGAUAAGGAUCACAUUGGCAAUGUGAGCAGGGAUACUAUUUUGAAUACCAUUGAAUUCUUAGAAAGUUUUCUACCACCUCCGCCUCCCAAGAAAACAAAGAAGAAAAAUCGCGUUCGCAGCAGAUUGGAUGACAUGGAUAUUGAGUGAAGAAUAUUUUAUAAAAUUUAUAGUUAUUUCUAUGGAAAUUUUUCACAAGUACAAGUAAUGAUGUUUAAA